GCAAGCCCAGUCCAUCGCCAGACAGACGGAUUUCAUUUGGGUGAUUUAACAGCAAAUACUGAGGAAGCUGGGCUGGUUAUCCUCAGACCGGAUGCCAAUGUGAGGAAGGAAACAAGGAGACGAGAAAAUACUGUAAGGAAGAGGGAAAGGAGACAGACAUUCCAUCACAGCCCCUGUGGAGCUGCAGCAGGGACGAGCCUACCAGCCGUGAUUUCUAAUCGUGAAGAAAGGAAGAGCAGCAACGAGUACGCAGGAAUGAGUCCGCUGAGAGGUUUUCCCUGGCUUAUGAUACUCCUCUAUGCAGCAGCUGUGUGCACAGGUGUGGGUGGUGGAGAGGUCGACAAUGUGCCGCCAAAAAUGUGUCGUCAUCCAUGUGAAGAAUUGGUGGAGUUACUCACUGAGAUCCAAGGUUUGCGUAUUGUUACCAGCAACCUGCUUGAAGACCUGGACAGAGUAUCAAAAGAAAAUGAAGAGAUGCGCAUAUCUUUGGCUGAACUUAGCAACAAUGCUGGUGGUGGCGAUGGCGAUGGCAGUGAUGACAGUGAUUUUGACAGAGACAGAGACGGGGAGAUCUGGUGUGUGCAGGAUGGACGAAUCUACGACCAGGGGGAGGACUGGGAGGUUGACAGCUGUACCGCCUGUACCUGCUGGGAUGGAAAGGUGGUGUGUCAGCAGGUGUUGUGCCCUCCUGUAUCCUGCAUCAAUCCGUCCUUUAUCGAUGAGGAGUGCUGCCCUGUCUGUCUCAAUAACAAGGAUGGUUGGUCCCAAUGGUCCGAGUGGACUGACUGUUCUGUCACCUGUGGCCGUGGAGGGCAGCAAAGGGGCCGAUCCUGCAAUAGUGUCAUGGGCUGCCCGGGCCCGUCACUUCAAACCCGCAGCUGCAUGCCGAUGAAGUGUGGGCGCAAGGCGCGCACUGACGGGAACUGGGGCCUUUGGUCUCCUUGGUCUCCGUGUACAACCACAUGUGGUGAGGGUAACAUCACACGUGUCCGACUGUGCAACAAUCCUCCACCACAGAAAGGGGGCAAAGGGUGCAAAGGAAGCACCAGGGAGACACAAUCUUGCAACAAUACACUCUGCCCCAUUGCUGGAGGCUGGACAGCCUGGUCUGAAUGGUCACUGUGCUCACAGUCGUGUGGGGGAGGCCUUUUGACUCGCCUGCGGGAGUGCUCGAAUCCUGCCCCUCAGCAUGGUGGAAAGCCUUGUGCAGGAGAUGCUGCUGACUACGAAGCAUGUAACAAACAAGAAUGCCCUUUAGACGUGUGUUUGCUGUCAAAUCCAUGUUUUCCUGGAGUGGAAUGCAUAUCAUAUAUCGAUGGAUCAUGGGAAUGUGGAAGCUGCCCGUUGGGUUUAAAUGGCAAUGGCACUCACUGUGAAGAUGAGAAUGAGUGUGAAGUGGAGGGUGUGUGCGUCACAGAGUGCGUGAACACAGACCCUGGGUUCUACUGUCUGCCCUGUCCUCCUCGCUAUAAAGGCACUCAGCCGUUCGGCCUUGGAUUGCAGGAAGCCCAGAAAAUCAAGCAGGUUUGUGAACCAUAUAAUCCUUGCAAAGACAAAUCACACUCCUGCCACAAGUAUGCUGAGUGUGUGUACCUGGGCCUGGCAUCUGAAGUCUUGUACAGGUGUUUGUGUGCUAUUGGGUUUGUGGGUGAUGGAUUCCUGUGUGGUGAAGACUCUGAUCUGGAUGGCUGGCCCAACUACAAACUGCCCUGCAAACAGAAUGCAACCUAUCACUGUCAAAAGGAUAAUUGCCCCAGAUUGCCAAACUCUGGACAGGAAGACUUGGACAUGGACGGACUAGGAGACGCGUGUGAUCCUGAUGACGACAAUGAUGACAUCCUAGAUGAGAGGGACAACUGCCCACUGGUGUACAACCCUCGGCAGUUUGACUCUGACAGGGACGGAGUUGGGGACCGUUGUGACAACUGUCCGUUUGAUAGCAACCCACUGCAGACGGACACUGAUGACAACGGAGAGGGAGAUGCCUGCAGCAUUGACAUGGAUGGAGAUGAGGUUCUGAAUGAACGUGACAACUGUCCCUUAGUCUAUAACACUGACCAAAGAGACACAGACAUGGACGGUGUUGGAGACCAGUGUGACAACUGCCCCCUUCUGCACAACCCACUGCAGCUCGACUCUGACAGCGACUUGGUGGGCGACUUGUGUGACGACAAUGAGGACAUAGACGAGGACGGCCAUCAAAACUCUCUAGACAACUGUCCCUACAUCGCCAAUAGCAACCAGGCUGACCAUGACAAUGAUGGGAAGGGAGACGAGUGUGACCAUGACGACGAUAAUGAUGGUAUCCCUGACGACAGGGACAAUUGCAGACUGGUGUCCAAUAGGGAACAGCAAGACUCAAAUGGCGAUGGCAGUGGAGACUCAUGCUUUGAAGACUUUGAUAAUGACAGUAUUCCAGAUGCACUGGACCCUUGUCCACUGAACCAUGACAUCGGGUCUACAGACUUCAGGAAAUUUCAGGUUGUUUUGUUGGACCCUAAAGGCACCACGCAGUCUGACCCUCUCUGGGUGAUCCGCAGCCAGGGCACCGAACUGCUGCAGACAGCCAACUCGGACCCUGGCAUCGCUUUGGGUUAUGACAAGUUCAGCGCAGUAGACUUCAGUGUGACGUUUUAUGUGAACACCGACCGAGAUGACGACUAUGCUGGCAUUGUGUUUGGCUACCAAUCCAGUCGACGCUUCUAUGCCGUCAUGUGGAAACAGGUGUCACAGGCCUACUGGGAAAAAAGGCCAUUCAAAGCUUUCGCUACAGCUGGAGUCUCCAUUAAACUGGUCAACUCCACUACAGGACCAGGGGAGUAUUUACGCAACGCUCUGUGGCACACCGGAAACACCAGACACCAGGUCAGAACAUUGUGGCAUGACCCCAAUAAAAUUGGCUGGAAGGACUUCACAGCUUACCGCCUGCACCUCAUCCACAGACCCAAAACCGGGUUCAUCAGGGUUGUGGUGUAUGAGGGCAGGGAGCUUUUGUCGGACUCGGGGGCUGUGUACGACCACACCCUGGCUGGAGGCAGACUGGGACUGUUUGUCUUCUCUCAGGAACACGUCCUUUUCUCAGACCUCAAAUAUGAGUGCAGAGAUAACUGAAUCAUUUUUUGCUGGGAUGUUCAGGAAACUCUACAAUGAGCCGUCAGAGAUCCACAUUACUUUCAGAAAAUCUAAUUACAACAGAGAGAGGGAGAGGAAGCAAGCCUUUAAACUGCCAAGACUAUCAAUUAGUGACCAUCAUCUAUCUAUCAGCUUUUUAUGCAACAGUAUUGAUUUCAGGCUGUGUUCAUUUGCUGUGCACUACUGACAGCAUCUCUAAUGAUAGUAACUUUUUGUUGCUUUUCAUUUGCUUCUCAUUAAUGGUUGUAAAUAAUUAUUUAUUGCCAGAUGCCAGAACUGGAAGGGAGAGAUGUGAGGAUGAAUUGAUGAUGGCGUAAGUAGAGCACUGUGCAGAUGUCUGGUAACUUAUCAAUAAAAUACUUUUUUUUCAA